ACAGAACGUCCCUCUCGCUCUCUCUCCCUCUCUGGUGAUCCAUUGUGCAUCCGAACUUCGAGGGAGACCACACGAGAUGCAAAGCCGGAGCAGAGUAUUCAAGUCCAGCAGAAGACCUCUGUGUCAACUUCUCCAAGUCCCUUCCUCCUCAUCGCUCGGGAUCAACCCUCAACACAUCCCAACCACUUUUAACUUGGAAAGUUGAACUGAUUUGAAGGAAAAGGAGGAGAAGAGAACGGACGGGGGUGGAAAAAAAAGUGGCCAUGAACGCCACCGGCUUCAACCACACGGAGGGCAGCUUGUUCAACAGGACAGAGGGCAUGCUGUGCUGCAACCUGUCGUCUGUGGUGACCGACGAAGGCUUGGCGGCCGCCUCCCCGGACGAGAGGAGCCUGUUCGUCAUGCGGGUGGUUCAGAUCGCCGUCAUGUGCGUGCUGUCCCUCACCGUGGUCUUCGGCAUCUUCUUCCUGGGCUGCAACCUGCUCAUCAAGUCCGAGGGCAUGAUCAACUUCUUGGUGACCGACAGGAGGCCGUCCAAAGAGGCCGAGGCCGUCAUUGUUGGAGCCUACUGAACCAAAAACCCUGGACCGGGACCGGGAGUUGGGGGGUCCGUGCACAAUGAGAUUAACCCAGGAAGAAAAACUGGACACUCCUGUGGGUCCUUUUUCUAAGAGGCCUGUUUGUUUAUACAAUAUUCACUGUUGUAAUGUCCCGAUAGAAACCGUCCUUGUUAUCUAUCAUUUGAUAUGUUGAUGGCAAAGGAGCAUCAUGUAAAUAUGUACUGUAUGUGGUUUUUUUGUUUGUUUUGUUUUUUACAUACAAUUAGCACAAGUAUGUGUGCGUGUGUGAAUGUACAAUGCAUCUGCUUAUUUGGAAUAAAUUCACUCUGCAAUUAAAAACUCACCUCCCGGUUGUAUAAGCUUUGUUUUUGUCCAU